CAACCAAGCGAACUAAUCAAAAUGAGGAUGAAGAAUGAGGCCCUCAAAGUGCUACAUUCACUCGGGGGCCGAUUAGAGGAUGAUUCCUUGACAGAAAGUCAUGCCCAUGAGGAGCAAGCAAAUGCACACUCAAAAACAACGAAGCAAUCCACCUCCAGCAAACCUCAAAAGGCGUAUAGAUACUCAUGCUCGAUUUGCAAAAAAGACUUCACACAUAUUGCAAAUCAUUUAAGAUCAGGACAGCAUGAGCUAAAAGAUGAAGAGAUCGAAGAAAUGAGACUUAAAAGAAAGAGCACAAAACUUAGGGAAAAUAAGUCUGGAAAGAAGAAAUUAAGAUCAUGUCCAAUAAAGUCUUGUAACUGGGAAGGCUACAGGCUUGACUACCACUUACCCCACAAGCAUAAGGUUCARAAAGGUUCAAAAAAGUACAAUGACCUUUCCUCUUCAUUUGCAAAUAAGUAAUUCCUUACUGCAAAUAUUUUAUAGACCAGUACAUGUACUAUCUUAUUUAGGAUUUUUAUUUACGAAAAUGUUGUUCUUAUUAAUGCAGCAUGUGACCCUGCUAAUAACAGAGCUUUAACCUCCUAGUUUUUCCUUUGCRAUUUCUUUCGUGAGGUAAGGAAUGACACUCUGUUAGCAGGGUAUGCAGCGUGUAAGRCCUAAUCUCAACAAUUAAUUACCUAGGUUACACAUUUUUGAAUUGUUUUCAUUGGUAUCUGAAAUAUCAAUAUCAUUGUUUAUGACAAAGAAGAGAUAACAGUCAAUUUGAAAUUUAUUUUUUGCUAUUGUGUUCAAUUAURUUAUUCCAAAUUAUUAUCGAACAAAGACAAGAAUUGCUUGUCAAAAACCACUUCAAACAACAGCUGGAGUGUAAAAAAUAUUUCCAAAAAUAAGAAGUAAUGUGAAAUCAUACAACAUUUCGUAGGUAUAUUUACAUUUUUGUCAUAUCUAAUAAAUGGUCAUAUAUUACCUGGUGAACRAAUAUAAACAUUUGCACAAACAUUGAAGCUCAGAUUGAAAAAGGAAACUGCAAUUACAUUUGUACUCAACUAUACAUAACUCAGUUAAGUUGUAAAUUGUAAACWUUUUAAAAAUAGCUAAAAAAUAGCUUAAUCUGAUAUCACUUAAAAUCGUGUGUUUCAGAAAUUGACAAAUGUACAUGUGUAACUUACAUUGUGGCUACCAGUGAAUCUAUUAACCAUUUCAGUUUCUGAACUGGGAAACAUUUGUAAUUUUCAAAAGAUCAACUAUAUAAUUGUGCUGAUUGGUACAAUAUGAUAUUUGUGUAAAUACAGUAAAACCCCACGUUGUAGAACCUAAAACAUAAGAACCAUUUCAUGCUGAAAUUACAAAGUAGGUUCUUGAWUUGCAAAAAUAAGUUCAAGCUGUUUCAUUUUCUUGUAAUAUUAAUAACACAGUACUCUGUACAUAGCCGACAUAUAAGCUGCAACCAUGAUAUAAAUGUAUAGCUAACCCUACUGUAGGUUAGCAUUACUGACUUGAGAAAAUCUAGGUUAUUAUAUGCAGGGUUUUACUGUAGCAUCAMGAAAACUGUCUUAAGUUUAAUAAACUGUCAACUUACUUUUCAUUCCAUCAAAAGAUUAGUUUUAAUAUAAUUUUCCAAUUCUAUUAAACACUGGGAGGAAAGAACAA